UUUUUUUGAGGAGAGGGUGUGUGUGUGGGUGUGUUGCCUUUGAUAAUUAUCGUGUUCAAGGCCACAUGAUUUUCCCCCAAAUUUAUGGAAACUACCCGAUUGGUUCUCCGAUUGUUUAUGGUUUUAUCAAGUGUAAUGUUUGUAAAUUGUUGAACCCAGUGUUUUGUUUUUUAUCAGUCACACUGAUAAGUAUAUCUCAAGAUUUGGCAAUAAAGACCACAGUGAGAGGAGAUAAUCAGCAUUUUAUGGUAACAAAAUAAAUUAUUCUGAACAUGUGAGAAUUUGCAAAGGUCAUUAAUGUCACAUGCAAAUUCCUUUCUUGUCUCAACGUGUCACACCAGAUUAUGGUUUUAAUACGUUCAUAAUCUAUGCAAAAAUAAUAAUUUAUGCAAGGAACAAUCAACAGCUCUGAUAUUUCUUUCUGAGAAGGCCUGGGGCGAAAUAAAAACUAAAAAUGGCGGAACAGUUGUAAAUUUUUAUGUAGGACCUCUAGGACUUGCGUUUUCGUCCAGAAAAAGUAGAGUAGAAAUUCGAACCAAGAAAAAGUGCAACAGCGGAAUGAGUUGCAACAGCGCGCUCGCUUUUGAUAUCAAAAAACAGUGCCGUGAAAUAAUCUUGUCCAUUACUGCUGAACGUAAGAACUGGCUUCUUUGUAACGGGGAGGUAUCAACUCGAUUUCAGGGGAAACUGCCAAGGUGUGGAUUGUCUGCCAUCAGUAUGGCAGCAGAACUAAUACAAAAUCAAAAAGCUGAUACUGGAACAGCAUUUUGUGCUGGGCAGGAACAACAUAACAAGGAGUUAGGCAACUUACUGUCCAUGGCAAGAUCAAAAGGUUAUUCACAGCAAGGUGAAAUGUACUCAGCAGAAAACCUGGGUCAGCUUGCUAAGGAGUUUUAUGGACUUGGAUGUCAAGUUAUAAGUUAUGGAUUUGAGGAUCAUCAAUUUAUUGUCUCAGAAUUGCUAAAGGGAUCUGCUGUGCUUGUUCCUUAUGAUGCUGAUAAGAACCAUAAGCCUUGUCUGGAAAAUGGGCACAAAGCGCAUUGGGCUCUGCUAACAGGUGUCCUGUGUCAGCUAGAUGACAACAUAAUUGACUGGACAAUGUUUAAGCAAGAUGAGGAGGUGCCCGUGUUGUUUCAUACAAGUCCUUCAUCUACAUUUAUCUUACCACACAACUGUAAACCACAGAACACAUACUUCUGUGCUAAGCAUGGUAAAUCAAGCCAUACAGCUGUUUGGGGUCUGGACUGUCUGAAAAGAAGCAAUGCAAACCUUUUUGAAUUAGACCCUUCUAAAGAAAAGCAAGUUGGUAACUUCAUUGUUCCUGAAGAGGGUAUACGUGUCGGUCUCUGUGAGAAAAUAUUAGUCAUUUCUGAUCAAAGAUAGCAAACACCCCUACGAGAGGGGUAGCAAUUCUUUAAAAGAUGUGUUUGCAAACAAAAUUAUUUUAUUAACCUGUUCUGAAAAUAAUGUCAUCCAGACUAACAUAUUAGACAAGUUGUUAUGCAUGUAAUAGAAAACAGUUUAGUAUUUAAGGUAUUUAAAAUAUUCACCCAGUUCAUUUUAUCAUCAGCAUAUACAGUUGAAUCCCACUACUUUGAACUCUCAGAGGAAACACAAAGUAUUUGAAAUGGCGGGAGCUCGAAGUAGCCGAUAGUUAAUGACUGAGAGGUAAAUUCAAGGGAAAUGGUUUUGAGUUUGAAAUAACGGGGAACUUGAAAUAAUGAGUUACAAUCAAUGGGAUCCAACUGUAUGUCUAGUAACAUUUAAUCAGUAAUAGUCAUGGUAUUUUCAAGACUUCAAACAUUUGAUUUCAUGACCCUAACCCCAGUACAGCCAAAGUUUUACUGCUAAAGGAAAAAGGUUUUCAGGGUUUGCCCUGUCAUUAACAGGAAAAAAAGAUGAAACAAGAGGUUCAAAUUUCCUGCUAUUUCCAUGACUAAACUGUGCAUAGAUAGUAUUGCACUUUCUAGGUUAUAAAGCUAGCCAUUAAAACGUUAUGACUACAUUUCUUUUCUCUUGAAAUUAUUUACAUGUUUUUCUUUUAAUUCUUGCUCAACAAUCACAAUCUGGAACAAAGUAAAAUCGUAAAAUUCUUUCACAAAGAUUUGAUCCAAGAAACAUGAUUUUAAACAACCUCGAAAUAGACCAGCUAUUUCUUUCUACUAUUACAUAUUUUCCCAUCAUUUGAUUCUGAAUAUUUGAAUUUACGGAUCAUGUGUACUGUGGGCAUCUGCAGGCGAGUGUUGAUUGAUAGCCUUGAUUGAUAUCCUCAAUCAAUACCCAAGAUCAACACCCUUGAUUGACACUCAAUUGAUACCCUAUCGACUCUCCAUUGACACCUCAGUUGACACUCCAUUAACAUCUCGGUCGACAGGCGGUCAACAGUUGUCUAAUUUUCAGUUGAUGCAUAUGAGUCAGUCAACACUCAGCCAACCAUCGACUGACUGCUGAUCAAGUGUCGAUCGAAUGUCAACUAAGUAUUGAUCGCGAUGUUGAUCAAAUACCUAUGGAGAUGUUGAUUGAGGGUAUUACGAUUAUCAGUUGAGUAAGGCGGGACAAAAGUUUGCUCACCAAGUUUUAAAGUAAAAAUCCUAUUGUUGUCACGAGUAACUGGCUCUGUAUCCAUUGACAACUUGUCGGCCUUUGACAUCAUUCGCAGCAAAGUGUGCAAAAUUGUAAGCGAUGCGACAGGCGAUGCACGGCUGUUGAUAUUGUUACCAACAGAAAUGAGGUAAGUUGCUCGUGACAACACCAUAAUUUUAAGGCCAAAACUUCGUAACCAAACUUCCCUAGUGCCUUACUCAACUGAUAAUCAUAGUAUCAAUCAAGGGUAAUGAUUGACACUCAACUGUGGAUGCCUUUAGUACGCAUGCUCCAAAUUUACAAUAAGCUUCACUGUUCCACACCUUCAUUCAAUACCAGCUUGACACCAACAAUAAAGGUCUUAAAACAAUUCUCUUCACGAGACCAUUGCAAAGCCCUAAUAAUUUUGUCUGUAAAUAGCUCCAAAGGAAUCGCCUAAGCACAGUGUUAUUAGAACCUAAAACUUAAAGCCCUGGCCAAACAAAGCUAACAACAUUAUGAUCCAAAAACAAAACUUGCCAUAAUGACUCUCUGAAGGAAUCACUCAGUAGCGAUAUUGGACUUGAACGCAACGAAGCCUACUAAACAGCCAUGCACACACAUGGUCAUUCUGUGGAUAUGGUUCUUUUUCAGUUUUAGAAUAAUGCUGACCAAUGUCAUUUUCGAUAUGAACAUGCUAACAAACAAUAAAAACGCCUAAAAGGUAAGAUGAUCACUCUCACCACUUUCAUAUGAGCUCUGCCCAGGGAUGAUGCUAGUCUUAACUGUUCUUUUCAUUGAAUUCAAACCUCUGACUGCAAAGUUGGCCCUAAAUUUCCAUUAGUCAAGUAUAUCUUACAUUAACCAGACACAAAAUUGUUCAUGCACCAUUGACAGGCACUCAAAAUCAAAGGAUGAAGAAAAGGAAAUGCAAUAUGAGAAAGCCAUGAAACUAUUCAGUACAGCUCACUGAGGUAAAGACUUAGAAAUUAAUUUACACACCAUAUGCAUACGUAUAUGGAUAUGUUUGAUAGCUGAUUUGCUAACUUUGCAGUUGGUUUGACUAAAAGGUUUUGUAGCCUUGGAAAUGAUGGUAAUUAGCAUUGAUAAAUUGAUACUUGAACAACCAUGACCUGAAUUAACAUAUUCAAAUGUGCUUACAUAGCAACAUAUUAAAUCAAAGGAAUAGCAUUAUGGAUCAUGUACUAACGGCAUCCGUGGUCGAGUGUCAAUUGAUGCCCUUGAUCGAUAUCUCGAUCAACACUCUAUCAACACCUCAAUUGACACCCAAUCGAUGCUCCAUCGACAUCUCAGUCGACAGUCAACUAAUUUUCGAUGUCAGUCAACACUUGGCUGACUGUCAACCAACUCUUGAUCAGGUGUUGAUCAAGCAUCGACCGUGUAUUGAUCGGGAUGUCAAUCAAGAUGUCGAUCAAGGGUAUCAAUCGAGGGUAUCAAUCGACACUCGACCACAGGUGCCUUUAGUACACAUGAUCCAGCAUUUUUUGUAGCAUGAUCCAGCAUUUUUUUGUGUGGUAUUACUAUUCAUUGCUUUGUUUGACCUGGCUGGAGUUUUAGUGUCUCUAUGGACAUUUUCAACAACUGCACUUUUAAGACAAUAAACAUUAAUGCUUUAGAA